CACACACACACUCUCACAUUCACCCUCACAGCUCCUACUGCUGCUGAAACAUUACAAUAUAGGUGCGCGGUCGUUGUUAUUGUUUUGUUUUGUAUCGUAUCAGUUUACCGGACAGUCGCGUGCAGCACGGAGUAACGGUCACCGCAGCUCAUCGCAGGAGCUCAGCGCUGGUCGUGAACCGAAUUUAAUCAGCAGAGGAUUCAGAGUGAAAACACAGCCAAUAGAGUGCAGUGAAGGGAACAACUGUCACUAUGCUCAUUUGACACAUACCCGAGUGCCAUACAGGCGAGCUGAUGAGGAUGAGAAUGAUGAGUGAGCUCUUGCCGUAGUGCCUGAUGGUUUGGUAAUGAUGGAUGUCCCCAAUGGCCAGCCCAGCGUCUCCACCUUCAUGGUCCCGGCCUCGGAGAGGAGUAGCAGUUCUGAGUCCCUCAGUGAGAAGGGUUCAUCAGAGCUGAAGAGUUUUGACGCUGUGGUCUUCGAUGUGCUGAAGGUCACGCCGGAGGAAUAUGCAGGUCAGAUCACUCUUAUGGAUGCUCCAGUGUUCAAAGCUAUCCAACCUGAGGAGCUCUCUAGUUGUGGCUGGAAUAAGAAGGAGAAGCACAGUUCAGCACCAAACGCUGUGGCCUUCACACGACGGUUCAACCAGGUGAGUUUCUGGGUGGUAAGGGAGAUUCUUCAUGCCCAGACGCUAAAGAUCAGAGCAGAAGUGUUAAGUCUCUACAUCCGAACAGCAAAGAAACUGUGUGACAUUAAUAAUCUACAUGCGGGGAUGGCGGUGGUGUCUGCAUUGCAAAGCGCACCAAUCUUCAGACUAACCAAGACCUGGGCUCUUUUGAAUCGGAAGGACAAGGCCACGUUUGAGAAGUUGGAUUAUCUGAUGUCUAAAGAAGACAACUAUAAGCGCUUGAGAGAUUACAUCAGCAGCCAGAGCAUGACAUCCUGCAUCCCGUAUUUGGGUAUAUAUCUGUCCGAUCUGACCUAUAUUGAUUCAGCGUAUCCCUCCACUGGCAGCAUUCUGGAAAACGAACAGCGCUCUAAUCUCAUGAACAACAUUCUGAGAAUCAUCUCAGACCUACAGAGAUCCUGUGAAUAUGAUAUCCCAGUAUUGCCGCAUGUCCAGAAGUAUCUCAACUCUGUUCGCUACAUUGAGGAGUUACAAAAGUUUGUGGAGGACGACAAUUAUAAGUUGUCCCUAAAGAUUGAGCCACCAGCUACAAGCACACCUCGUACCACUGCCUCUAGAGAAGACCUCACAGGUCCAGACUCAUCUGCAUCUCCAUUGUGUGGUCAUCGUGGAAAUGUUGCUGAGGGUGCCCUGACUAAAGUCCCGCCGACACCACCCUCACCGCGGAACCUCAUCACCUACGGACACAGGAAGUGCCACAGCCUUGGCUACAAUUUUAUUCACAAAACUAACACAGUGGAGUUUAAAAGCGCAACCUUUCCAAACGCCGGAUCCAGACACCUGCUGGACGACAGCGUGUUGGAAAGUCACACUCCCACACGAGGACAGGCAGAGAGCUCUACGCUGUCUAGCGGAAUUUCACUGGGAAGCAGUGAAGGGUCUGAGCUCAGUGAGGAAAUGUCUUGGCCUGCCUUUGAGAGGACUCGAUUCUACCACUCUCUGGGUCCAGUCAGCAGAGUGGUCCGCAUCUCAUGCAGAGGAGCGCUCAGGCCCAGCAGCUCUGCAGAGUCGGAGGAGCUGGCGGUGCAUCUAUACCCUGGAGCCAUCACAGUUCAGGGGGUCUUACGCAGGAAAACUGUCCUCAAAGAGGGCAAGAAACCCACGGUGGCAGCAUGGACUAAGUAUUGGGUGGCUCUGUGUGGUACUCAGCUUUACUACUAUACUGCCAAGUCCCUCAAAGCCACAGAGAGGAAACAUUUUAAGUCCACCGCCAGCAAAAGUGUUCCAGUUGUGGGCUUAAUGGCCAUGAUGGCUGACGACCCGGAGCAUCCUGACGUCUUCCUGCUGACCGACUCUGAGCAUGGAAACUCAUAUAAGUUCCAGGCAGGGAACAGAAUAAACGCUCUACUAUGGUUCAAACACUUGAGCGCGGCAUGUCAAAGCAACAGGCAACAGGUCCCAGCAAAUCUAAUGUCCUUCGAAUGAGUGAGACCAGGACGAUCAAAGACAUGGAGAGCUUAUGAAUGGCUGGAAGCAGUGAAAUAUGAGGGGGGGGGGAAAGAGGAGAAGCAGAAUAAAAGAGUAAAUGACUCUGUUUUUUUGUGCAUUGGAGCUUUUCCACUGCCAUCACCCAGCCUGAGCCCUAUUGCAAACUCCUUCAGCACCACUGCCUUAACAAGCAGAGUGUGUAUGUGAGUGAGAGGAGAGAUGCAGUGCCCCCAACAGCAAUGAUGUCCCCUCCACUUGUUAAACUGAAAGGACCUGAUUUCUCAUUCCUUUUAGCUUUGAUUUACACUUCCUUGAUCUUUCAUUAGAUUCCUAACAUCACCAAAGUGAAGAACUCUCAGAAGAUCAGUCCUGUUUCCAUGAGCACCUUGGUCUUGGACUCUUCGUCUUCAAGGACUUCUGGCAUUUGUUUACCUUUCUUUUACCUUGUUGUUGCUUGCUGCUUCUUUUUUUUUAUUGAUUGAUUGAAAAUCUGAUCAGCACUCCUGUCUUUGUCAAAACGCACCCAGGAAACUGUUCGAAAUCUCUGUCUCUGCGGAAGACCGACCCUCACACGCAAACGCAUACUCGCACAAGACGCUGAUUGCCUUUUGACACACUUGAGUUAGACUCAUGCAAGCAUGACACAGGAUUUUCCACAAUCAGGUUUAACUGUACAAGUGGAAGACCCUCACUUAUUUACGUAAAUGUGAUUCCAAAAUGCAACCAGAAAGGGCUCCGAUACUCAAUGAAUUCCAGAUGAUAAGAAACCAUUUUCUUCAGCAGUUCUCCUGAAUGUCUCCUUCAGAAUUUUCCUAUGAACUUCUGUGAUGUUUUAUGGAUUCUUUAACCUGUUUUAUCUCAUAUCGACACAUUAACAUACUCACAAACAAAACGAAACAAAAAAGCAUUUCAUUUUGCUAAAUGGCACCUGCAGUUUUCAAAUGAGGGUGUGUGGGAAGAAGAGAUCGAGAAAGGAAUUGCUCAUUACAGCAGCAGCAAUAAGACGUUUGAAGCCCCUCUACUGUGGUACCAUAAAAGAGUGUGAAAAGAUGCCAGUUGAGGAUUUUAACAGUAUAAGUAAAACUUCAUCUAGCUUCAGUGCAACUGCAAUAAGCACACCGGUUCACACAAGUUUAAUCAAGCUCUUAAAGAAUCCUUCAUUCUUUUUUGGAGUCUAAGCAUGAGUCUUAUGAGAUGUCGUCUACAAGGACACGCAUACACAAACACACUUUUAUUGUCACUUGAAAGCUGUGAAUGUUAGUGGGUGCACCAGUCGGUAGGUUUACAUCUCUAUAAUUAUAUUUAGUCCUGUUCAGUUUAGUUUUUCCAGUCCACUCGGUGGUUUUCCAUAUGGAAAUGUGUGAAUGGUGGGAGACCAGGUGGGAGAUUUGUCAGUGUGCAUCCAUAGCCCACAUUUGUUUUUACAAUGUUAGUGUGGCACCCUUCAAAAUGUAUUAUUAGUUUUUAUGUGUUGUUUCAUUUUGCUUUAAUGUGGUUUCAUAUUUUGUUUUAUUAUUUUGUUUCAGUAUUUACUGGGAUAGUUGCACAUGUCUAGAUUAUUUGAAUUGUCUGUUACAUUAACGUUACAUUUCAUUUUGAUUUGAGAGUAACGCCGCACCUCGGCUUUGCUUUAUUGGAACCGGUCGCACAUUUUCUUUCUUGUUGAGCCAUUAAGGAUUUCAUUUGCUCUUGAGAGAAAAGCCGAUGGGAGGUUUGACAGAUAUAUUUGUUUGCUUUUGUCUUUUGCAGCCCAAAGUGUUUGUACUGUAUGUGUGUGUGUAUGUGUGUUUGCUCUUCCUACAUUAGUUUCAGUUUGGGAACAUGAGAAGAGUUCUGUUAAGUUUUGAACAAAUGAAUAGCAUUACUGUUCUGCUGAAGAAUGAAGCCGUUUAUUCCGCAGUGCCAGGAUGUCUCGGGAUGUUCGAUUCAGAUGGGUUUUCAUGACUCCUCCAAAUUCAGUUCUUCUGAAUUUCAUGGACCUGUUUAUUUUUCUAAGCUUUGCUUUGCUGUUUCCAGUUGUGUGGAAUGUCAUAUUGAGGUUCAACGUCCCGUUUUUUAAAACGAAGAAAAGAUCUUGGGCAAUAAAGUAUGUGAAUCCAUCUGUGUGACUGUCAGUGGAUGAUCACAAGAAAAAUGCUGAGCAGAACGGUUCUCAUUGUGAAACCGUGCAGUUCCGUGCCGUUCCGCUCCGGGCACGUUGACACAGUUACGGUUUCUUUUACCAUAUGAUGCUGUGAAAUCUGAAACCGUUCGGCUGGAUUGUGGAAAAGCAGCUUAUGUUUCACUGGCUUUAACUCAAGGAUAAUAAACAGAAUUAAGGAAUAAUUCACCAAAGAAAAUGUAACUAUCUCAUAAUUUAUUCACCCUCAUGCCAUCUGAAAUAUGCUGAAAUAUUCUUCUAAAAACCUUUGUGUUCAGCGGAAGAAAAAGUCAAAUGCAUCUGGGAUGGCAUGAGGGUGAAUAAAUGAUGAGAGAAUUUUCAUUUUUGGAUCAUUUAGGUUUAUACUCAGGUUUUUCCUUUAGACCCUAAAUUAGUUUAAUCACAAGUUAUUUGCAUAUCUGCUGUUUUUAUCAUUUGCGGUGAUUUGGCAUUGGAUAUGAGUGAUUGUCAAAUUAGGGGACAGGGGGAUGAUUGGAUAGGUAGGUAGAGGAGUGAAAACUGAGUGUCAUAUGUACUCUUAAAACAGAAUAUUUUAUAACGGCACUUUCUAUAAGGUGUCUCUGAUCUGAAAGAGAAGAUUAAGGCACGAUUGAGACAGACAAUAUUGAGAUAUUUGAGAAAAAAAAGGUUUACGGACAGUUUAGGUAAUCUGCGAUAGGUUUUGUUUACAUGCAUUUGUAUUGUACUGAGCCAGAUACUAGCACUUUGGGUUGUGAAAAAGAUCUGAAUUCUUACAGUAGCUCUGCCACAUAUUAAAACGAGAUUAAAACGAGAGUGAAUGUUUGCCAGGUGGAAAAAAAGCAGUGGAAGUGAAUCAGCAAAUUCAUGUUGGUUAAGUGUUUACAAGGUUUGAGGUAGUUCGAGGAAUUUUGUUAUUUUGGUUCAAACUGUGAAGUCAUGUGUGGCUGGUUCUCAAUAUUUAAGCUGUCAUGAUAGCACAGGCAGAGAUGUUUAGGAGAUCUUGGGUGUUUGUACCUACAUGGCUUGACCAGGGUGUAGAAAUCAGAAAUAUUAUGAAAUGUAAGAGAAGAGGAAUUGCGAGAGUGCCUGUAUGCUGGUAAACAUCUCACCAGAAACUUUACUGAUAUGAUUUAUGCAUCUUCACAAGUCUCCAAACUUUUUCAUAAGGGACUUGCUAGACACUUUAAGAGCUCUACUCCCUCUGUAGCGUUGUCUAGCUUUGUCUCUUUGAAACAUUUGGUGGAAUUGGACAACGGUUGACGUUGAAGAGAAGUUCAGGGUAGAAACUGUGUAUGGACAGUAAAUCGAGACAGAAUAACAGCGUUAAACUUCAUGUGGUGACUAAGCUGCCUUGGUUAUCUCGUACAUAUUUGGACCUUUAUCAUUCUAUUUUUUCCAGAUUGUUCUUGUUCUUGUUCCCGUUAUCCAUUCUUUCACACUACACCUCUCUCACGUUCACAUUGUUCGUUUGUGAACAAAAAAGAAAUUGUUUUAAUAAAAUUGUCCAAGACAUUUGUUUUAUCAAUGUUUUUCCUAUUUGGAAAAAAUGUACUUGGGAGCUAAAGGUUUUGAAUUGGAAUUGGAACAGGAAUGGUAAAUGUUAUUUUUGUUGUUGCUGGUAUUGUUUUGUUUUUGGUUUUUUUCCUUUCCAGUUCCAUGUUUUCUUUGUGAACUUCUCUUGCUCCGACUUACUAUGUACCAUGUAAUGUCACUGUCGUUAUAUGUACAAUGCAUAUGAUAUCAUACGCAUGCAGAAACAAACACCUGUAGUUUGACGAAUGGAUUUCUCAUUCAUCCACUCUGGGUGUUUUCUUUGGCUCAUUGAACUCCACUGCAUCACUUGUUUUAUGUGGUGGUGGUUAACAGUGGAUGAUACAGAUUUGUAGUGAGUUGGUUAAAAAAAUGAAUUUGCGUGUGUGUGUGUGUGUGUGUGUGUGUGUCACUCUGUGCCAUCCUGUAUCACCUGCUCCCACCCGCCUUGUACCUUCCCUGUCUGACCCCACGCCCACUGGGACUGAUGACCCAUGGUAGCGCUAUGACCUUUGACCGUAGAGAUGUGCUCCUGGGUUCCGAACAGGCCAAACUAAUAAACACUUUUGGUUGUAUGUUUUUUAA